GGCCAGGAGCAGAUAUUUUUAGCAGAGUUGCUGGCAGCUGCUUGGUGAGUGUUGGGAGGUUGGGUGGAGGCUGAGUUCAUCCUUUCCCUUCUCUGGGCCAGAGUUUCCUCUCCAGGUUCAAGCAUGUACCUCCACCUGCAACACCCCCACCCCCUUGGUGUGACACUAAUUUUCACCCUGAAGGGUAGGCUCAUUAGGGAGAAUCUUCAACUCCAGAACACGGAUGGCAGAGGGAAGGACUUAGGGUAUGAUUUAGGACCUCUAAAUUCUAACUCAACGUGGGUCUGUGGACAGCAGGUGUCUGGACAAAGAAGGCUGAAUCUCUCUCCAGCCCCAAACCGGUCCACUCGCUGGACUGGGAGAGAGGGGAGAGCGAAUUCACUCUUAAAGGGCCAGAUCUAAUAGUUCCCUAGAGGCGAGCUGCGGCUCUUGGAUGGUCUCGUUCACCCCAUGCCCGCCUCCCCAUCACCACACUCCCGCGUUCACAAGAUCUCCCCCUAGGCCCCCCAAUUCUUUUAUCACUGGUGGUCGGCAGAUCCCCCCAAUUUCAACCCCUCUACCCCCAGACAGCUACGGGGCGGGGGUGUGAGAACCUAGGAGGAGGGCGGGGGAUUCCCAGGGGAGGGGGAUGGACACGUCAGCCUCCGCAGCAGCGGGGGCGGGAGCGGGGGCGGGCAGAAGCUUAAAUAGGCGGCUCUCCAGCCGCGACCCAGAGCGGGGUAAGAAGGCAGCAGCUGCUGCAGCACCGAGGAUCCGAGAGUCCGGGUCUGCGAGUGGGUUGUAUCCGACCCCGGAUCCUAGUCCCGACCGUGCCUGUGUGCGAGUGGACGGCUUCGGACGUGAUGACUCUGAACGGUGGCUGCAGUGGAGCGGGCGGGAGCGGCGGCGGGGGCCGGGAGCGCGAGCGCCGUCGGGGCAGCACACCCUGGGGCCCGGCGCUCCCGCUGCACCGCCGGAGCAUGCCGGUGGACGAGCGCGACCUGCAGGCAGCACUGGCUCCGGCAGCCCUGGCAGCAGCCGCGGCCGGGACCCGGACAGAGGGUCCAAGGCCGGACUGGCCCGAGGGCUCCUCGGAUUCGCUCAGCUCAGGGGGUAGCGACUCAGACGAGAGCGUUUACAAGGUGCUGCUGCUGGGGGCACCUGGCGUGGGCAAGAGCGCUCUGGCACGCAUCUUCGCUGGUGUAGAGGACGGGCCUGAAGCAGAGGCUGCAGGGCACACAUAUGAUCGCUCCAUCGUAGUGGACGGAGAAGAGGUAUCUCUCAUGGUCUAUGACAUUUGGGAGCAGGAUGGGGGCUGCUGGCUGCCUGGUCACUGCAUGGCCAUGGGGGAUGCAUAUGUCAUCGUGUACUCAGUGACGGACAAGGGCAGCUUCGAGAAGGCCUCAGAGCUGCGGGUCCAGCUGCGGCGUGCACGGCAGACAGACGACGUGCCCAUCAUUCUUGUGGGCAACAAGAGCGAUCUGGUGCGUUCACGUGAGGUCUCCGUGGAUGAGGGCCGGGCCUGCGCCGUGGUCUUUGACUGCAAGUUCAUUGAGACAUCAGCAGCGCUGCACCACAACGUCCAGGCUCUGUUUGAGGGUGUCGUGCGCCAGAUACGCCUGAGAAGGGACAGCAAAGAGGCCAAUGCGAGAAGGCAAGCGGGUACCCGGCGACGAGAGAGCCUUGGCAAAAAAGCGAAGCGCUUCCUGGGCCGCAUUGUAGCACGCAACAGCCGCAAGAUGGCCUUUCGCGCCAAAUCCAAGUCCUGCCAUGACCUUUCAGUUCUCUAGGCCCCGGGAGCUCUCACUGUGGUGGGCAGACGGAUGGGUGGGUUGGUGGGCUGGCCCAGCCAACUGUCCUAAGUGCUUGGGGGCCAGUGCUCUGAGCCCCUCAGAGCUGCCAGCCAGACAUCCCCCACUUCAUGGUCAUGGACAUACAGUGCUGCCCAGGGAGGUGGCUCCUAGUGGCCAGUGAGGGCUGGGCCCACAGAGAUGCAUGUGCAGGCUCAUGUGUGUCCCAAGUGGCAGCCCGACCCAGCUGGUGGAGUAGCCUGUGUAUGGGGAGAGGACUCUGCCUUUUUCUAUACCUGGGAUGGGGGUGUUCUGGAGGGAAGCUGUUCAGUGUCCUGGGUAUUUGUUUACAUACAGAUUUUUUGUAAUAAAGACUAUUUCCUGAUA